AUGAAUCCUGGAGAAAGCACAGAUGCUCCUAAGUGUAUAGUGUCUGUGCGGCAUGGGAACACUCAAAAUACCGAGAAAGCCGAAAAUCCUCUCGAACGGUUUGAGAGUUUUGUUAUGAUGCUCACUCUUUUUACAUUUAUUUUCUUUUCAGAAUUAGCAUCUUUUGGUGUGAGAGUUAAUUCUGUGAAUCCUGGAGUAAUAAUAACUGAAAUCCAUAAAAGAGGUGGUAUGUCAGAAGAGGAAUAUGAAAAGUUUUUAGAACACUGCAAAGAGACACAUGCUUUGGGGAGACCUGGCACUGUAGAUGAAGUAGCUCAAGCAAUAAUCUUUUUAGCUGAUGAAGACAAAUCAUCUUUCAUAACUGGUGUUAAUCUGCCUAUAGAUGGAGGCCGUGGUGUCAUGUGCCCACGAUAGCUCCUUUUCUAGCAUGAAGAAUAAAGAUUUUGAAUACUGAAAUUUGUGAAGAGAUUCACUAUGAAGACUGUAGAACUUCAUGAGUGAAGCAUAAAGUGUCAUUACUAUGAAGGAGAAUAACUAUUUCAGUUUGUUACUAAGAAAAUAAAAUUAUGAAAGAUCUAUUUUCUAAUUAUAAAUUCUAUGAUAAAUAAAAAGUCUUACCACAAA